GUUGUGUAAUGAAACCUGUUAUUAGAAUAUUCAUAUAUGGCUCUGCUUCAUUUUCCUCUGUCUUGUUCAAAUCGUCUUCUUCACCCAAAACUUGAGCUUCUUCUAUACAAUCAAAACCAUGGCUUUCGUGUUUCGUGUCUCUCUCAAUCACAAACAACUCAGAUAAAAUCAAAACCAGUUGAAAGAUUGAGCACAGAGUACAAACCCAAUGUUUUGGACAACCUGUUCCUCAAUUCGUUUCGAAAUAAAAUGGUCCAGGAGGCUGGAUGGGAUUCGGGAAAGCCUGGAUAUGAUGGAUUAAUUGAAGUAGCAAAUCGUCUUAUGAUUGGUCGAAGCAACUCUGAAACAACAGAAGCAGCGGUACGGAUACUAAGAUCAUUGUUUCCUCCGUUACUGUUAGAGCUUUACAAAUUGCUAAUUGCACCUAUUGCUGGAGGGAAAGUAGCGGCAGUGAUGGUUGCCAGGGUGACUGCAUUAUCUUGUCAAUGGCUCAUGGGCCCAUGCACAGUUAAUUCUGUUGAUCUUCCUGAUGGAUCCUCAUUAAUGAGUGGGGUAUUUGUUGAAAGAUGCAAGUAUUUAGAGGAAAGCAAAUGUGUUGGUAUAUGCAUUAACACAUGCAAGCUUCCUACACAGACUUUCAUGAAGGCUGGCAUGGGGGUUCCCUUAUUAAUGGAGCCAAACUUCAGCGAUUAUAGCUGUCAGUUUAAAUUUGGAGUUCUGCCACCCUUACCGGAAGAUGAUAUCACUCUCAAAGAACCUUGUUUGGAGAUAUGCCCAAAUUCCAUUAGAAGAAAACAAGUCACUGAUAACAUGGAAGCAUCUAAAUGUCCCAAGGCAUAGACUUGAUCCCACCGCUCCCGUCAGCAAUAGACCUUAAAGAUCUGUGCCUUCUGGAUGUUAUUGCGUAGCUUCUGCAUUCGAGGUUUUAACAAAACUUCUCUUGUGUAUGCAUCUUCGACUAAUCAAAAUCUGAAUAUAUUACUUUCUUAUACAUGUAUGCAAUUGACUGCAUUAAGAUAAUAGUUUCGACUUUCGAGUGAUACUAUUUGAGGCUGCUGUGGUGAUGCAUACAAGGAGAGCUGAGUUUCAAGUGCAUUAGUCUGUUUGUAGGAGAGAAGGUCUGUACUUGAGUGAAAGUAGCUCUUAAGUUGUAGUUUGUAAUUAUACAGAUUUCUUGUACAUAUAAUAUUCUAUACUUUCUUAAGUAUCCCAAAUAUAUUUCAUAAGAUUCCUAA